AUAACUGAGUUACCGAGAGUAACGAAGGUGUCACGCGCUGGGAAGGAGCUUGGCUGACUGCGUGUCAAAAUGGAGUCUUCCUAUCGUUUCAGGACUUUAUCAGCAAUGGCUUCUUUUUUGUUUGUUGUAUUUCUUUUGCAGUCUUCACUUUUGGUCCUAGGUUACAAGCUCAAAGAUGUUGAAGUUAUGUUAGAAAUAAAUGGAAAGCCUGCUGAAAUAUUUUCUGCAAGAAAAAUAGCUCAAUACGACGGAUCAAACUCUGCCAGGCCACUCUACAUGGGUGUGAAGGGAGUGGUGUUUGAUGUCUCCAAAGGAAAAGACUUCUAUGGGAAAGGGUCUGCCUAUAAUUCCCUGAUUGGCAUGGACUGCAGCAAGGCGGUGGCCAAGAUGUCAUUGGAGGAAGAGGACCUCACUCAUGAUAUCUCGGACCUGUCUGAUGACCACCUCAAAGCCCUGGACGACGUGUUUGAUGGCACCUACAUGGCCAAGUACCCUGUUGUUGGCUAUAUGGACUUCCUCAAGGAACAGUUCCCAGAAAAAUUUGUCCAAGCAGCACCCAAAGAGGAUCUGUAACAUGUGUGUCAGACUGUACUGUCAUCAGAGCAGUAUCUAUAAAGACAACAACUUAAGAAGGGCUCAGAUCAAAGUAUGCAAUAUUAAACUAAUCACCUAAGUGAUAUAAAAAACAAUGAAUUAAUGCUCUGUACUUGCUGUAUGUACAACUGAACAAAACCAUAACUGUUGUACAUGAUCAAUUGUUAUCGAUGACUACCAACUGACCAAUGUCAAAUAUGUUUGCUUUCAAUCAUUGCAUUAUUACUUGUGGGCAACAGAAUGCCUUCAGAGAGAUCAACUUGUCUACUGUUGUGUUUAAGCCACAGUUUUAUCAGUUAAGCUUAUAUUGAAAUACUGUAUAUGUCCGCAGAUAAACCGAUUUUUGAGGACCAGAAAAAAGAUUCUGUAGAAAGGGGUCGGCUUAUCCACGGGAUACACUUUCAUGAUAGUAUAUUUCAGAUCGUGAUCAUGGUAUUGAAAGUGAAAAUAGCCCCUUAUCAUGUUUAAAACACUUUUUAUUUCAUAUGUAUUUUCCCUCUUAAGAAUACUACUUUGCAGAUGUCACUUAUGAAAACAUUUUUUUAAAUGUUCUUUCUAUUUCAAGCACCAAGUAUCUGAAUAUCUUAGCUUUAAAAAUCAUACUGAUUGUAGAGUCUAGUCAGGUUUAGCUAAGCUGUGUAGGAAAAGAAGUAUGCAUGGAUGCUAGUAUUUGAUCAUUACAGAUACUUGCUUAAGUUUUGUAAAAAGAAUUAUAUAUUCUAAUUAUGCACAAAUAUGUAGAUGCUUUAUAUCCAUACAAUCAAAAAAUAUUAUCACAAGCUGUUAUCUUAAUUGUAGCACGACCUGACAAUGUUGAGUUUUGUUAGCUAUUUUGACUGUGGUCAUGAAAAUGUUAAUAUAUUUUCUGCUAUUUAUAUCUAAGUGAAGAUGAUAGUUUUUGUUGAAAAAUGUUAUUUGUUAUACUUUUGGUUGUGAUGUGCCUCAUUUUGUAGAAUUUUCUUUUACCUUCACAUAUUUACUAGAUGUUGGACAUUAACAAACUGUCCAGGGUUAUAUAUAUAUGAAUAAUAUUAAUAUUGCAAUCACUGACGGGUUAUUAUACAUUGAGAGUAUAUGGAAGAACAUAGUAUAUGUUAGAGAAUGAGAAAAAACACAUUCAUUCAUAAGGCAAGACGCUUUUUAAUUGGUUUAUGCAUGUCAACCAUGAAAAAAUGGAAUGUGGAUAAAAAUUAUGAAAAGUACAGAUAGUUCUGCAUACAAAAGGUUAAAGGGCAAGCAAAGUGAAAAAAAAUGAUUGCAAUUUUGUUGCAAAUAUCAAAUUCCCAGACACAUUUAGCUGAUUUCCAAAUAGAGAAAAUAUCAUUAUAUUCAUAGAAAGUUCAAGUGAAACUGAUGACAUCACACACUCUGUAAUUGGCUUCCAAAACAAACCUAUUUGGGGUCGUGGCCUAGCUGUGACAACUGUUUUCAUUGGCUAAUAUGCUUGCCACUUGUGAUUCUUAUGAUUAAUCUCCAGAGUAAACAACUUCAGCGUUGUUACUAAGGUGACAUAAGUUGUGGACACAGUAAUCAAAUGGAUGGGUAGACAAAAAAAGUGCCUCAUGUAUUAAAAAAGCCAGGGCAGAAGCAGGCAGACUGGGCACCAGGAUUGUUCAAAUUGUGCAGCUCAUCAAAAACCCUUUUUAACCCCAGUUAGGGGAAUCCCCUCAAUGACCUAAUUUUUUGUGGUUUUUUUUAUCAUCUGUUUUACAUCAUCUUAUUUCCAUUUAUGCCCUAAAGUAUUAAAAUCUGCAAUGUUGCUAUAUUGACUUUACUUGCCCUUUAGCAGCAAGACUCACGGCACACAGGAAAAUGACAUCCCAAAACCUAUCAACCAAAAUUGUUUCUAAAAUAACCAAGGAUGAAUAAAGUUUAGCCUAAAUAUGCUCUGUACAAAUCAGUUUUAUAGAAGUGUUUUCACUAGAGCGAUCAUGUGUAUUUUUAUUGCACAAACAUUUUUUCAUAUUUACAAGGCCUUAUGAGAUCAAGCUAAGCUGUGAUAUUGUUAGUACAGCAAAUGGCAUGAUUAGCACUCAGUUUCUAGAAUUCUGGGAAUAAUUUUAUGACAUUAGGAACAUUGUAUCCCAAGGUACCUAAUUUACAUGUUGCCUCAAAACUGAGGUAUUUGUUCUCAACCCCUACCCUGGUAUAAUGUAGAGAUUCCAGGUCAGAUAAGGUCACCAGUACCUGUUUGUCGUAACAGUAGUGAUUUAUGACAGUUUGUUUACAACUACUUUUGGUAGCCUCGGCAUGCUCAACAUGCUCAAGAUGUAGGAUUUGCAGUGAAGAGUAGUCAUUUUUUUUAUUCAUGAUAAAUAAAGUGAGGGUUUUACUAUCUAGACAACAGAUAGUUUGAAAUAUUUAGUCAUAAACAUUACAUUAUUUGUCUCAUACUAUCUUUUCAUAUAAUGAUUCAAAUAAUUGUUAUUAAAUAUAUUAUGUUGGUACUGUUACAUUGUUAAGAAAAAUCAACAUUAAUGGUUUCAAGCUACAUGUUACGGAGACCAUUUGUUUUUUUGGGUUUUUUUUCUUGAAUUUCAAGAUAUUAAGUUGAAAUUUCAAGAUAUAUACAAAGUUGAAAUUUCAAGAUAAUGAUUUUAAAAUUUCAAGACAAGUUAAUUUUGCCUUGAAAUUUCAACUUAGUAUCUUGAAAUCUCGACAUAGCAUCUUGAAACUUCAACUUACUAUCCUGAAAUUUCAAGAUGCUACGUUUUAAAUUUUAAGAUACAUACUAAGUUGAAAUUU